AUGGAGGCCUCGCUCCUCUCGCGUGCCGCCUUAGCCGCCUUCGCCCUCCGCGGUGGCGCCAGGCUCCUCCCCACGGAAACCCCCUUCCUCCUCCCCCUCCUCCCGCUCCUCCUCAUCCUCCUCGCCACCGCCACCGGCACGCUUCCUGUGGUCGUAACCCUGCCACUGCAACCACCGCCUCGAUCCACCAGGUACUUGAUGCCUCUUGGUCAGAAGAUGAUGGCGAGUUCCUCAUUCCAAUUGUGUUUAUAUUGUGUAGGUUUCUUCGUCAUGAUCUGGAUUGCCGCAGUCAUGUUCAAGUCUAAUGAUAUCUUGCGCAAGAAGACCGCUCUCAAGGGGGAGAAGAAAAUGCCAAUGCUUAUAGGGAUUGUAGUACUAUUCACCAUUCACGUGUUUGGAGUCUACUGGUGGUACAGGAAUGAUGACCUUGUUAGACCGUUGGUGAUGCUUCCUCCAAAAGAAAUACCACCAUUCUGGCAUGCUAUAUUUUCACUGCGGUAA